UUAGCGGGUACAUUUUCGAUCUCGAUUCGAUAGCACAGCUAAGUGAAGGGGCAUUGUUUUGAUGAAGAAGAUCCAGUCUGAUAAAAACGAACGAGAUUAGAGGUUAUCUCGGGUUUGUUUACCCGGUUCACGAGGCGAUGAGAGCGUAACUCGACUUUUUUUCUGGCAGGUUAUUUUUUUACUUAGAAAAGUCCGAAUGCUAACUAGCCUCCAGAGCUAACGUCAGCUAACUAACUGGAGUGUUGUGAUGUCCUGCGGCGGUUCAACGUUUUCUUGUUUCGUUGUCAACUCCAGCAGCUCGUAAAGAACAGGUCGUAUUUUAGAAAGCCGGCGUUUUGAAUGGCGGUGGCUCCUGCCUGGAUGGCAGAUAAAAUCAUUGUGCUUGAUGAGGAAGACGAAGAAGAAGAGAGUCCUCAACCCUCCUCCUCUGCCUCCAAAUCAAGCCCUGACCUUCAAGCCAAAAAUGUCUCGCCGCUCAAAGCUCAGCAGCCAAUGCCCACACACAUUACCCAGUCACCCUUCGCUACAGCGAAGAAGACCACGCAGUGUCUGCAGGCAGAGAAUCAGAAGUUGUUCACUGAGUUUGUGGAGCACUGCAGGCCCCUCACAGAGGACUGCCUGGAGGUCUUGACCUUCCUCCAGACAAAGCACUCCAAGGCCUGCCCAGACUUCCUGUCAUCAGUGGAGUUCAGGAACACUUUGGGACGAUGUUUGACUCGCGCUCAGGCCAACCGCUCUAAAACAUUUGUCUACAUCAAUGAACUGUGUACUGUGCUCAAGCAGCAUGCCAUCAAGAAGAGGCAAACCCUCUCCAAGGUUGACCCUGGGCCUUCUACCUCAACGUCGAGUGAUCUUCAGUCUACCUCUGUCACUCUCAAAAGUACAAGCAAGAGUAAAGGUAACCUGGACGAGGACGAAGAAGGUGUGCAGCCGGCAGCAGAGGAAGAGCAGCCUUCCACCUCAGGACAGCAAGAGAACAGAGAGGCAGACCGAGAAGAGGAGAGAAAAGCUAAAAGAGCUUCCAGGAAGCAGAUAGCGUACCUGGAGAACCUGCUGAAGGCGUACAACGAGGAGAUCUGCCGCCUGCAGCAGGCUGAGCUGAGUCUCACUGACAUGGAAGCGGAGGACUCGUUAUACAUCCAGGAGCACAAACUCAAACGCAAAAUGAUGAAGAUUUAUGAAAAACUGUGUGAACUAAAGGGCUGCAGCACACUAACAGGCCGAGCCAUCGAACAAAGAAUCGCCUACAAAAGCACUCGUUACCCUGAGAUCAACAGGAGGAUCGAGCGUUUCAUCAACAGUCCCGAGGUACGACACAACCCUCCUGAUUACCAGGACAUCCUCCAGCAGGUGUUGCGUGCCAACGAUCGCCACAACCUCUGCUUGACCAGGAAGCAUAUAAACCAGAUCGCCCAGGAGGCGUUCAGAGAGACCGGGAGCCGCAUACAGGAUCGCCGUCACCUGGACCUCGUCUACAACUUUGGCUCUAGCCUCACCGACGCCUAUAAGCCUGCCGCAGACCCGGCUCUGAAGGACCCCUCACUGCUGAAGAAACUGCGGUCGAACCGAGAAGUCGCUCUAACUAGCCUGGAGGAGGUCAUCAAGAAGUACGCUGUGAAACAGGAGGACACAGAGGAGGAGGAGAGGAACAAACGACUGCAGAAAGACAGGAAGGACAAAGAGGGCCGCACGUCAGGAAAAAAAGUGGAAACUGAAGAGAUGAAUGGCGUGUCUGAGGAGGAGGAGGAAGAGGAUGAAGAUGAUGAAUCCUCAGAUCCAGACAUAGAGGAAGAGAUCCAGGCCAGCACUCAGCAGGAUGGACCAGAUGAAGAAGACAACGAGGACAUUAACGAGGUGGAACAAGCGAGCGAAGGCACCAACAAGGAGGAUCAGAACGAUGAUCAGAUUGGACACGUUUCUACAGGCGAAGAAGGAAGCCUGAAAGAUGAGGACGAGCAGGUUACGAGUCCUGCUUCUGAUGAGACCAAGUCCCAGAUCUCGCCGCUGUCUGAUAUCCCCUCCCCCACAGAAAGCCCCAGCCAAUCAGAGCCCAUGCAGACUGAUGACCAGAGGCCGUUAUCGAAUGGCGACCACAAGAGCUCACAGGAACCUGCAGAUUCUUCCAGUCAUGAGCCAGUCGUCCUCUUAAACUACAACCAAGACGAAACGGGCCUCACAGCAGCAGCCAAUGGGAAAGCAUCUCCGUCACCAGAAGACGGCGUGGAAAGGUGCGGCACACAGACGAGCAAUGGCACGUCUCCGCCGCCCAGCCCCAGAACCACUAGGAGCCAGAAGAGGAAGUGGGAGGAAAUGAACUCGCAGAGUAAAAAGAACCUAAUCAUCCACGACAGUGAUGCGGACAUCCCUCUGGAUAUGGGCGUUGUGAGCUGCAACUCUCCAGAGACCACCCGAGCAAACACGCCAACGCAGGAAGUGGUCAGCAGCUCGCAGUCGACACCGCCACCGAAGAAAAACAAGGUCAACGUGGCGACACAGUGUGACCCAGACGAGAUCAUCGUCCUAUCAGACUCAGAUUAACCUUUAACCUCAGAACUCUGACUAGCUUCUCACCUGGUCGACUUCCUGAGGUUUCACAUCCUCCUCUUCCAGCUCGUGUUCGACGCAGAGACUUCUUUUUCUUCCGUUUUUGCGAACUACUUUGACAAAGUCCACCAGAGCCAUUUGCAGCAGAGGAAGUCUGAGAGGUUUGGAGCAAAUAAAAGCCAACACGACUGUUUUUGUAAAGAACUGGAAUGAAAUGUUUGUGAUUCAAUGUGUAUAAACGCCAGCUGAAGCAGCAGGUUCUGGGAUGCCUCUGCUGUGCACUACAGAAUAAAGUUUUCAUUUGAUCCGAGCAGGGAAACUCGAGCUGACGCUGACCUCGGCUGCUUCUUGCUCUUUGGGUACGGAAACUAACUGCCGAUGCAAGCAGAGCAAAGCCACUCGUUGUGUCGCUAAAUAGUGAAAUACAUUCUGGUUUUUUUACUGCUCUGAAGCUGAAAAUACUUCACUGGGGUUCUUUUUACUCGACCUGAACGCUGAUUUGUGGUUGGUGUGUUUUUAGGUAACAAUCAGUGCCUGAUUAAAAAUGAACUGAGCAGUCAGACGUGAGGCCCAGAUGUUGAAUUCCACUGGUCAUGGGUGCUCUGGCGAACUUCCAGUUUGUUUACAUUUUUAUAUUUCAAAUCUGUUCUUUCUUAACAGAGCGGGCGGUGAGGUGAUGGUCUGUAUUAAAGCCUUUCUAUUGAUGUUGUUUUAUUUGCAGCUAUUUAUGAUCUGAGCGAACUGUGCCGUGUCUUCAGCUGCAGCAACGACAACAGGAAAACAUUUACACUGUUUAGAUGUUUCCUCUCACGAUUUUCCCUUCAAAAUGAAUUCAGUUAAAAGGUUUAAAAUAAAGUAAUUUACCUACUGAGGCAGGUGCUGGUGAGGCUGCAGGAACAGCUACAGGAACGGAAACAUUUUCUCAGCCCCCCCCCCCAAAAAAAAAAAAAAAAAACUAGCAACAUGUGCUGCAUCACUCACGGGAGACAAAAGAAUUAAUCUGAACUAACCAAAUCACUUUUGAGACAUUUGUGUCAUUUUGUUGAUUUAAAAACUAAAACACACAGUGAGCCACAAUUUUCAACCUUUUGAGGAUUUUAAAAUAAUGCUACACUCACAGAGUGUAUUAAUCCUCGCCCGAAAAGUAGUUCUACACAAAUCCACUCCUCCUUUUGGAGUAGCGUAUGCAGAAAACUACAUGCCCAGCUAUUUUAAGAAAUAACUGCAUUUUUAUGAGCCUCAUUUCCAGCGGUCUUUAAUCAUAACUGGCAGUAAAGCGCAGGAAGUUGUUAUGACACGUACAGCUUGUCGCGGGGUCUGUUGACACUGAAAUAUUAAUAACAGCAGUCUUCUCUUUAAAGCGGUCAAAUUUCAUCACUAGACAGAUGAGUUCUACCUGUGCCCACAAGUGUGUGUAAAAGAUGGAUGAAGUCGACAUCAUCUAUUUGUUCCUUAAGUCCUGAUAUGUCGAGCUGAAUGUUUUGGCGAGGUCACGCUGAACCCCCUUUAGGUAGUGACCUGUCAAUCAUGAAGUAGGUCUGUUUUUAACUGGGUGCAUUUUUUUGUCCUCAUUUUUCUAACGAGGAUCAUAAUUUACUAAAUAAACGUCAAAUUCAAGAAGACCUCAAAGCAGCGACUGAGGCCAUAAACCAUAAAGUCUUAACAGCUCAUAGGUCGAUGCAGACUUCUAUAGACAGACAUCUUUUUGCAAGCAAAGUAAUCGCCCCCUACUGGCUGUGAGAAAGAUUACAAGGUGCUUCCACACUGGCUUUACUGUUAUUAUACAGUAAUAACUGUCUAAGCGCCUCUGCCUGAUAACCACGUUCUUUCUUCCUGCUGCCAAAGCUCACCUCAGCCAAAACUAAACAUGAACACAAAGAUCACUGCAGGUCUGUGGACUGUGCGUUUGAGUCCUUUUAGAGAUCCUGAACACCUUUAAAUAUAAAUACAUUCUGUGCUUUAUUCAGAUGCUCACCUUCAAAUGAGUGCAAAUUAUUCAAGGUUUGUUUUGUCUAUUGUGUUUUUGUUCUCGUGUUGGUGCACUGGGCAAUUUUUUUUUAAUUAUUUGUUGGGUUGUUUUUUUGUUUGCGUUAUGCAGGCUUGGAGUUCAAUUGUUUGUCAUUUUCCCCCCGUUAAAUCCUUUUUUUUUUAAUAGCAGAUCGCCUCACAGGUGAAACGAUGAUAUUUUGGGGUAAAAGCUCUUUUCAGAGUUAAUAAAAUGACCUGGAAUGUUACCUUUGCUGCGAUCUAUUAGACCUCAUUUAUGCAGAGGAACGAUCUGUCAUUCACUGUGAAUUUGUUC